GGUCCGGGCGGGAGGCGGCUGCGCGCAAGUCCGGCGCCGGCUCCUGGAGCCCCCAAGCGCCGCCCGGCCUGCACCCUGCCCCGCGCCCCGGCCGCGGUCCGGCACAACAAGCUUUGGGGCGGCCCAGGGGCCGGCGGGGGCGAGUGGCGCCCGCGCAGCAGCGCCAUGUGAGCGGCCCCGCGGGCCCGCAGGGACAGCAACUUUCCCCGGCGACGGCGCCCAACUUCCCGCCGCCGCUCUGGCCGCUCCGCCCCGCGGGCCCCGCUCGGCGCGGACACACACUAAAGAAGUAAACAGGUCAUGGCACGUUUAACAAAAAGACGACAGGCGGAUACAAAAGCUAUCCAGCAUCUUUGGGCAGCCAUUGAGAUUAUACGGAACCAGAAGCAAAUUGCCAACAUUGACCGUAUUACAAAGUAUAUGUCUCGAGUCCACGGCAUGCAUCCAAAAGAGACCACCCGUCAGCUGAGCUUAGCUGUGAAAGAUGGUCUUAUUGUUGAGACUCUGACAGUGGGCUGCAAGGGCUCAAAGGCUGGUAUUGAACAAGAAGGAUAUUGGUUGCCAGGAGAUGAGAUUGACUGGGAAACAGAAAAUCAUGACUGGUAUUGUUUUGAAUGCCAUUUGCCUGGAGAGGUGUUGAUAUGUGACCUGUGUUUUCGUGUGUAUCAUUCCAAGUGUUUGUCUGAUGAGUUCAGGCUUAGAGACAGCAGUAGUCCCUGGCAGUGCCCAGUGUGCAGGAGCAUCAAAAAGAAGAAUACAAACAAACAGGAGAUGGGCACAUACUUGAGAUUCAUCGUCUCCCGCAUGAAGGAGAGGGCUAUCGAUCUGAAUAAAAAGGGGAAGGACAACAAGCACCCCAUGUACCGGAGGCUGGUACACUCAGCUGUUGAUGUUCCCACCAUACAAGAGAAGGUGAACGAAGGGAAGUACCGGAGCUAUGAGGAAUUCAAGGCCGACGCGCAGCUGCUGCUCCACAACACCGUGAUUUUCUACGGAGCAGACAGUGAGCAAGCUGACAUUGCAAGGAUGCUUUACAAAGACACAUGCCACGAGCUGGAUGAACUACAGCUUUGUAAAAAUUGCUUCUAUUUGUCAAAUGCCCGUCCUGACAAUUGGUUCUGCUAUCCUUGUAUACCCAAUCAUGAGCUGGUCUGGGCUAAAAUGAAAGGUUUUGGGUUCUGGCCAGCCAAAGUCAUGCAGAAAGAGGACAAUCAAGUUGACGUCCGCUUCUUUGGCCACCACCAUCAGAGGGCCUGGAUUCCUUCUGAAAACAUUCAAGAUAUCACCGUCAACAUUCAUCGGCUACAUGUUAAGCGCAGUAUGGGCUGGAAAAAGGCCUGUGAUGAACUGGAACUCCAUCAGCGUUUCCUUCGUGAAGGAAGAUUUUGGAAGUCAAAGAAUGAGGACCGAGGUGAGGAGGAAGCAGAAUCCAGCAUCUCCUCUACGAGUAAUGAGCAGCUAAAGGUCACUCAAGAACCGAGAGCAAAGAAAGGACGACGUAAUCAAAGUGUGGAGCCCAAAAAGGAAGAACCAGAGCCGGAAACUGAAGCAGUGAGUUCCAGCCAGGAAGUCCCCACAAUGCCUCAGCCAAUCGAGAAGGUCUCAGUGUCCACUCAGACCCGGAAGCUAAGUGCCUCUUCCCCACGGAUGCUGCACCGUAGCACCCAGACUGCGAGCGAUGGCGUGUGCCAGAGCCUGUGCCACGACAAGUACACCAAGAUCUUCAAUGACUUCAAAGACCGGAUGAAAUCUGACCACAAGCGGGAGACGGAGCGCGUUGUACGAGAAGCUCUAGAAAAGCUGCGUUCUGAAAUGGAAGAAGAAAAAAGACAAGCUGUAAAUAAAGCUGUAGCCAACAUGCAGGGUGAGAUGGACAGGAAAUGUAAGCAAGUAAAGGAAAAGUGUAAAGAAGAAUUUGUAGAAGAAAUCAAGAAGCUGGCGACGCAGCACAAACAGCUAAUUUCCCAGACCAAGAAGAAGCAGUGGUGCUACAACUGCGAGGAGGAGGCCAUGUACCACUGCUGCUGGAACACGUCCUACUGCUCCAUCAAGUGCCAGCAGGAGCACUGGCAUGCCGAGCACAAGCGCACCUGCCGGCGCAAGAGAUGAGGCCACUGCGCCACCAGCGCUCCACACACAGCGGUUUUUGUUUCAAAGAAGCCAAAAUUGUUUAAAAUUUGCUUCCCAUUUUGCACCAGCCUUUAAACACUUUUCGUGAAGAAAUUUUGCACAGUAGUUUAACUCUUUUGUUAAUGCUCCUCCGGAGUUUUUCAGGGGGUAAAAGUAACACCAGUGGAGGGUAUUAUUUUAAAUAAAUUUUAAUUGAGAAUUUGUUGCAUUUUCAGCAAAUUUUAAAACAUUUUUAGGUUUUACAGAGAUUUUAACCUUUAAACAGACCUUUAAAAACACAACAGGUGUGAAUACAAGUGAGUUUAACAGAGAAACAUUUAGAGUAGAUCUGAAUGUAAGAACUAUAGAACUGUUUCAGAAAUAAAACAUACUACCUUAAUGUGACAUUUAUUUCUUAACCUUGUUGAGCUGGUUUUGUUCAGCUUAAUUUACUGUUCAAAGGCAUUAUCUGUUGGUUAUGCCAGUGGGUAUAUGAUUGAAUUUAGGGAACAGGGUUGACACAGCAGGGCUAGUCCUGCAUAUUUUUUCUUAAAUAUUUCCCAAUUGUGUUUUUCAUUAUUUCUUUUCAAUAUAUAACUUUUAUAACAAAUUAUUAGCUUUGAUCUUGUAGUUUAAAAUUGCAGGGAACUGGGGUAAUCUUUUACUGAGCUGGAUCUUAGAGAAAAUGAAUAUUUAAAUUUUAAAGUUUGCACAUUUCAUCUUUGUCCUAACAUGAGUGCUUGUAAACAAAACAACAAAAAUAAAAAGCCAAAAACUACCUUUAUCCAUACAUGAAAUUAUAGAUGAGGCAUACAAAUUUCUUUAUGCUUCCCUUCCCUCCUCAAAUAUCAUCUAACUGCCUAUUACCUGGUGUCACCUCGUGAAUCGUAAGUUAAUACUAAGAGAAAAGAAAGCACUUAAGUUUCACAGAAGCCGUUAUGUUUGUAGUAAUGGAUCAUUGCCUACUAAUGAACUCCAUCACUGUACACAGAAUGAAGAAUAAUGCAUGUUAAUUUUCUUGUAUUAAAGAUGCCGUGAUUUGUAAAAAGUCUGUAUUUUGCGGAAUGUCUGGAUUAAGAAGCAUUACCAAUAGGAAUGGAUCGAUAGUUGAAUGAUGAUUUUUUUUAUACAUAGAGAUAUAAAAUACAACCAG